AUGGAGCUAGAUGAGUCAAUGAGACUGACAGAGGUGACAGUCCACCCUGCCCAGGAAGAACAUAAUAUUCAGAUUGAGACUGAGAAAGAAGCUGAGAUAACCCAAGAACAAGUAGUUGAGGUGGCAGCUGAUAAAGAGCAAUCCCAAAUCAUUGGGAAGAAAAGACCUCCCGCACCAUCCCUCAGAGAUGCUUUGAAAGAGAUGCUUGGGUAUGCAAAAAUAAUGAAUGACUUGAUGUACCGAAAAUUCGAUUUUCAAGACCUGGCCACAAUGACUCUUACUCAGACCUGCAGUGCGGUGGUGACUAGACCAAUUGCUGAGAAGCUGUCUGAUUCAGGGAGUUUCAUAAUUCUUUGCACCAUUGGUAAUUUUGCUUUUGCUAAGGCACUUUGUGAUCUAGGAUCUAGCAUAAAUCUUAUGACCCUGGCGAUUUAUAAGAGGCUAGGGAUUGGAAGAGCUAGACCCACUUCUAUGUUAUUACAGCUGGCUGAUAGGACUAUGAAAAGACCCUCUAGUAUCCUGGAUGAUGUGUUGAUUCUGGUAAGGAAAUUUGUGUUCCCUACAGAUUCUAUGAUCUUAGACUGCAAGGUGGAUGAAGAAUUCCCAUAA